UUUGACCCUCUGUAGGUCCCGUAGGUAGAUCUCGUUGAAGAUGACAUUCAAAAUAGGUACUGUUUAGCUCAUUUGAUCUAAAAGCUACAUAUGACUUAGAGUUGCAGAUGGCGAUGUUAUGUGUAAACUCUAGAUAGAUUAUUGUUGUCAUUUGUUAUCGAUUUAAUUAGCUAGUCGGUUUAUUGACGGUGAUUUCGUUAACUAGCAAUAGUAGCUAACAUUCGCUUGCAGGCUACAGCUGGUCUAACGCAGGGUUUUCUGGGUGCACGUUUUGGUUUUUGCCCUAGCUCAUCACAGCUGAUUCAAAUAAUCGAAGAUUGAAGAUUGGUUGGUUAUUUGAAUCAGCUUUGUAGUGCUAGGGCAAAAAAAACUAAACUGUGCCCAGGACAGAGUUCGGGAUACCCUGCUUUAACGAAACGAGACAGCCAUUUCGUAGUGGCUGUCUCACUACGAAAUAACUACGGUCUAUGCUCUGAGAUUACAUUUGAUUAUUUUGCAAUGUUAACUACAUUGACCAGAUUUCAAAGCCGAAGAUGGUUUGUCCAAGAGAUAAGUCGACUAUUUGCACAAGUUUGCGUUAGGCACGAGUUCAUUGGCAGCUUGUUGCUAGGGCUCAAAAGCAACUUGGCAGCACAGAGGAAAACAACUGGAAUCAUGAAUGUCAGCACGUCCUGUGCAUUGUGCGCCAAACCUCGAAUUUCUAAAAAGAAAGAACUUUCAGAAAAGAAACUGACUCGCCACUUUGUGGACCACCGCAAUGUAAAGCUACUGGCUGGAGCAGGUGGAAAAGGGGCCUGCACCUUCCACAGUGAGCCCCGGAAAGAGUGGGGUGGACCAGACGGAGGGAAUGGAGGAGAUGGUGGGAACAUAAUCAUCAAAGUCGACCUCCAGGUGAAAUCCCUGGCGCAGGUCGCCCCCGUUUACAAAGGAGACAACGGCGAUUCAGGAGGCAGUAAGAACUGCUACGGACGCAACGCCAGCUCAACCUACAUCGCUGUGCCAGUGGGCACGGUGGUGAAGGAGCAAGGGAAGACGGUGUCAGACCUCUCCCAGCACAACCAGGAGUAUGUGGCUGUGUUUGGGGGGGCAGGGGGAAAGGGAAACCGCUUCUUCCUGUCCAAUGAGAACCGCGCCCCCAUGACGGCCACCCUGGGAGAGAGGGGACAGGAGAGGGUCCUCCAGCUGGAGCUGCGCACCAUGGCCCAUGCCGGACUGGUUGGGUUUCCCAAUGCAGGGAAGUCUUCCCUUCUAAGGGCCAUAUCCAAUGCCAGGCCUGCUGUGGCUGCCUACCCUUUUACCACCCUUAACCCCCAUGUGGGUAUUGUCAACUACAGGGACCAUGAGCAAGUGGCAGUGGCUGACAUUCCUGGUAUCAUCUGUGGGGCCCAUCUGAACCGAGGCCUAGGGAUCUCCUUCCUGCGCCAUAUUGAGCGCUGUCGCUUCCUUCUCUUUGUCCUGGACCUGUCCUCCCCAGAACCCUGGACUCAGCUCCAACAACUGCGCUAUGAGCUGGACCAGUACGAGCCCGGCCUCACCCACCGGCCCCACGCUAUCGUAGCCAACAAAAUGGACCUGCCUGGGGCUCGGGGAAACCUUGAGGCCCUCCGGGGCCACGUGGCCCACAGGGUGAUCCCUGUGUCUGCCCUCACAGGCCAGAACACAGAGGAGCUGAUCCUGCACCUCAGGGAGUUAUAUGAUGGCUAUCUACAGACCCAUGGACAGGGCAGUGGGCAGGACAUGCCCACCAGGUGGUAGGUCUGCCCUGGAAAAGGACUGAAAGACUUCCAUGCCUUUUCCUCACUGCUAAGUGUACUUUGUUUAAAUUAUAGAACUAAAUAAAUACACUGCUCAAAAAAAUAAAGGGAACACUAAAAUAACACAUCCUAGAUCUGAAUGAAUGAAAUAUUCUUAUUAAAUACUUUUUUCUUUAUGU